GUUUAUAUUAGUUUUCUUUGAGGGUCAAUCCUAUUCAGAAAAUCAAAAUCCCCUCUUCCAUUGAUCUUUUGAUCUUCUAGACACUUCUCUUCCUCGUUGUGAGUCUCUGGGUUUGCCCUGGUAAUGGCGUCUGCUUUAGAAACCAAAGCCAAAGAAGCAUACUUCGAUGACCACUUUGAACUCGCCCUCGAUCUGUACUCGCAAGCCAUCGGAAUCAACCCUAAAAAGGCCGAGCUCUACGCUGACCGUGCUCAAGCCAACAUCAAACUGAACAAUCUCCCUGAUGCUGUGGCAGAUGCUAACAAAGCAAUUGAGUUGGAUCCGUCCAUGUCUAAAGCCUACUUGCGUAAAGCUACUGCGUGUAUGAAGCUUGAGGAGUAUCAAACUGCUAAGGCUGCGUUGGAGACUGGGGCUGCUUUGGCACCAGAAGAGUCUAGAUUUUCCAAGUUGAUUAAAGAAUGUGAAGAGCGCAUUGCAGAGGAAAAUGGUGAGUUACCGAAGGAGACGUUGGAUGUGGUGCCAACAAAUGUUGUACCAGUGAAAGACGUCUCUUCUGUCAAGGAUGUACCUGAUCCCAUGACUGUUGCAGCACCAACUAAAUCAACUUACAGGCAUGAAUUUUAUCAGAAACCAGAGGAAGUGGUUGUCACAAUAUUUGCUAAGGGAAUACCACCCGAGUGUGUUAAAGUUGAUUAUGGUGAACAAAUACUAAGUGUCGCUGUCAAUGCACCCGGCAAAGAUGCUUAUCAUUUCCAACCUCGCUUAUUUGGAAAGAUAAUACCUGACAAGUGCAGAUAUGAUGUUUUGUCAACCAAAAUUGAAAUUAGGUUAGCAAAAGCUGAACCAAUUCAUUGGACAUCCCUUGAAUUUAGCAUGGAAGUUGCUGUGCCCCAAAGGAUUAAUGUAUCUUCUGUUGCUGCAAAUCAAAGGCCAUCGUACCCAUCCUCCAAACCAAAAAGGGUUGAUUGGGAUAAAAUCGAAGCUCAAGUAAAGAAGGAGGAGAAAGAUGAAAAGCUAGAUGGUGAUGCAGCUUUGAAUAAAUUUUUCCGUGACAUUUAUCAGGAUGCUGAUGAGGAUGCAAGAAGGGCCAUGCAGAAAUCCUUUGUGGAAUCAAACGGGACUGUUCUUUCGACGAACUGGAAAGAAGUUGGUGUAAAGAAGGUGGAAGGAAGUCCUCCGGAUGGUAUGGAACUGAAGAAGUGGGAGUACUGAGCUCUUUGUUCUCAAUGGUAUGCUGUUUUGGACUCCAUUAUCCAAAUGUUGGAUACUUUCUCUUCAAUCUAAUUACAAUGCGUCACUUGGCUGUGCUUGAUUGUCCAAAAUUGCUCCUAAGUAGAGGUAGACGGAUUUUCUUUUUCCUUUUACUUUGUUUUGUACCUGUCGUUUUAAAGCUUUCGUUUGGAGUUUGUGUAGUUACACUUUGGUAAAAAGCUUCCAACACUUUUAAGCUUUGCAAUGAUGAAUGUGACCGUAUUUUGUUUUUCUA